GAUCCGACCGGAAGACGCUAUUGGCAGCACUCGCUGCUCUCUAUGUUCUGUUAAUAUUUCUAAGGGUGGUGUUAUUCCUGUUCUUUUGUAAACAUCGGCUGGUGCGCGUCGAAGGGACUGUAGUGUGGGGAUGGAGCCCAAGCCCUCAAGGAAACCCACAAGAUUGUCUCUUGAAGGACACAACUCUUUAUCUGCGCCUUCAUCAGGAACAAAAAAGUUCUACGAGAGUAGAUCAAAUGGCCUGAGUGACUUUUGUGCAACAAGAGAAACUCCAAAUAAAAUGGAAAAUGAAAUUCAGGAGUCUCAACUGCAUCAUAAUUCCCAUGGAGCCUUUCCUAUAUCUGAACCAGAAUGCAGCGAACAACUAUUGAAACUGUCAACUGCUGCUUCAGCGCACGACUCAGGAUGUGAAAGACCAUGGCCUGUGGGUUUUUCAGGAAACACAAAUAGAAUGUUUUCCGCAUCUGAUGGUUGCCAUUUGCCUGCACCUUUUCAAUCGACUUUAUAUAACGAAACAGAGAGACUUCCAGGAGCAUCGUCAAGAUUCUUAACCUCCCAGAACGGUGAUUCCAAGAGGGCUAAACUCGUGUCAACUAGUACUCCUAGAAAUGCUGCUGAUUGUGAGAGUAACAAUUCAGGUAUCUCAGAUUCGAUGUGGAGGUGCUCUCAGUUUCCAAGAUCAUCGGCCAUGCAAUUCAGUUCAACGUCUAGAGGUGAAACUAUCCUCCGUGAAGGAAUCGAGAUGGAAAGGAGAACAGAGUUCAGCCGUGAAGAAGAUGUUGAAAAUACAGUUUUAUCCUAUGCACAAGGUGCAAGGCCAAGACACCCAUUGUUUGGAUCUUUGAGACGUACCACAUCGAGUCUAAGUCAAGUACUCUCUUCCCCUUCGGAGAGCCGAUCUGUAUUCUCAAGAGACUCUAGCAGAAGUUCUUCCACAUCCUCUAAUAGUAGCACUGCCUUUUCAAACCUUGAGGUGAUACCACAAAGUAGUGCAGAAUGUGGCUUCAUUCUUAGUAGAACAGGAUCUGGAGCUUCAGAAUCAAUAACCUCACAAAGGAGAAAUAUGUCUGUGUUGCAAUCAAGACCACCAAAUGACUUUGCAUCAGAAUCUAGCAGCAGGUGUAGACCUAGACAGCUGUUGUCCCGUCUAGCAUCCAGUAUGUCUUCAACUUUCUCUAGCAACCGAAGACCCAACCAAGGGCAUCCAAAUGGUAGGUCUUUUGAAACAACACAUCCCAUUGGGCAUUCAGCCAACAUAUCUUUAGGUGGAAGACCAGAAAAUUUUUCACAGGCUAAUAGCUCUGGCAGACAUGAAGCUUCUAAUUUUUCAAAUAAUCGAUCCUCUGAAUCUUCUCAAGGAUUUGGAUUUUUAAGGUGGAGGAGACCAGGAGCAUCAAACAUUUCACAGUCUCAAAAUGCUAAUGAUGAUGUUGAAAGUUUACCAAACCUGAGGCAAGAUUAUUCUGAAAAUAGAAAUACUGCUUCAUGGUUGUCAUCUUCAUUACGAAACAGAUGUACCCCUCUCUUCAACAGAAGGAGAAGAGAAGGAAGAGAUGAAACUGCAAGAAUGGCUGCCACACCUAGCAAUACAAUAAAUGAAACUAGAGUAGACCAGCGUUCAGUCCUCCAAAGAGAAUUUGGAACAUUUGAAAACUUGAGCAGGGAACAACCAAAUGUGACCCAGGGCGCUACUGCAGCUUCUUCAGGGGUGUUGACCUCCACUUUCUGCACUCCAUCAUCUGUACCGGAGAGCCCUCGAGGUCGAAGUACUUCAGGAAUUGCGGGAAUAUACCCUAAUUCUGUCAUUCGCCUUUCUAUGCCAUAUGGCCUUGGAGGUGAAUUCUCUGAUAAUAUACUAAUAGCAGUCGACUUCGCAAACCAUGUCAAUACUCAUCAAGAGAAACAGAAAACUGAAAGUGCAUCUAGGGAUCCAGAAAAACUCAGAAAAAUACAGGAAAGCUUACUUUUAGAGGAUUCUGAUGAUGACGAAGGUGAUAUCUGCCGUAUAUGCCAGAUGGGACCUGGAGCUACAAUACCUCCAAAUCCUUUAAUACAGCCAUGCAACUGCACUGGUAGCUUGCAGCAUGUUCAUCAGGAAUGCAUGAAGAAAUGGCUGCAAUCAAAAAUAAACUCAGGUGCUGAUUUGACUGCUGUAACCACCUGUGAAUUGUGUAAAGAGAAGCUGCAGCUGGAUUUUGAAGAUUUUGAUGUUCAUGAAUUGUAUAGAACACAUGCAGAUGAACAGGCACAGUAUGAAUUCAUCAGUUCUGGUCUCUACCUUGUCCUGUUACUUCAUCUGUGUGAACAGAGAUUUUCUGAUAUGAUGGGUGGUGCGAGUGAAUCACGGACUAGACUUCGGUUCAUCCAUCUGGCAAGAACCCUUCAGCAGCACAUACAAGAUCUUGAAACCACAGAUGAAGAUUCUGAAGAGGAACAGGAUAGCUUUGACAGCAGUAGAAUACCUGGUGAUUCUGCUUAAUGGACUUGCACUGGGGCUUGUAAAGCACAAAUGGCAUCAGUGCAGCAGCGAGGAAAGUCCCUGUAGUCUUUAUUCAAGUGGCUAAACAUUGUAUUCAUAUUUCAAUAUUGCUAUUGCUAGUGAAGCAUCAACAAAGAAUAAUACUGAAACAUUAAGUGCAGUUUCUAAGUUUUGUGACUGCACUCAAGUAAUGAUGACAUGCAUUAUAAUUUGAUAAAAUAACAAUUAAGCAAAGCUUUUUAUAAGUUAGCAUUAGGAACGAAGCAGCAAGGCAACACACUGUAUUUGUAUAUAAUCUACUUUUUACUUUUAAUAUUUUGUCUCACUGAGUCUGGUCAUAAAGAUUUUGCAGCAGAUUAUACAGCUCUGACUUUCUUUGAUGAAAUUUUGACCUACAAGCUCUGAAUUCCAGAAUUUUGCAGGAAACACAAGAACCAUAGGUUAUUGGAUUUUUAGAACAUUCUGUUAAAAUUGCUACUUUUCUGCAAAGACGUUUCCUUUCAUGAAUACAUGCACCUGUCAAAUAAGGAUCUUGCUGCAAUUUUAAAUCAAUUGGUCAGACUUUUUUGUCGGGACUGAGUAGUAAAUUGGUAAAUGACAUUCAAAUAAAAUGCACUCAUCUUUUGAAAUCCAGGUGAAAUUAUCUGCCUUAUCAAAACAUAGGAUGUGGUGAAUAAAGUAGCAGUUUUUGUUCAUCAAAUUAUUAAAGAUACUAAGUUUUAAAAAAAUGAACUUGUCGGAUUUAUUAUAGCUGUUGGACAUAAUUGAACUGCAGAAUACCACUGCAUUUAUAACUUUUUAAACUAUAGUAAAAUUGCUUCACAUAGUGUCUUCAACACAAUACAUUUCAAAGAGUGCAGUAUAUUUAAAAUAUAUAAAGUAGAUUUUAUUUUCAUGUGGGAGGAGUCUUUAUUCGUAAAUCAUAAGAUUACUAUGAGCAAAAGGAACCACUCAGUCCAUCUUUAUUCAUUUAGGUGAAGAACAAAUCAUUUUACUCUGAUCUCCCAUUUUGUAAAAACAAAAAUUCAGGUUCAUCAAAUAGGAAUAUAAAACUGUUCUUUGGGUAUGUCAUGGAUAAAGUUACAUAUCAGACAAAUGCAAAUGUUACAUUUAAUGUUUUGUGCUAGUUAGAAAUUGCCCAUAGACUUAUUUGCAGCAAGUGAUGCCAGAUUCUGGAAAUUUGAAAUGCAAGGAUAAAUGCUAGAAAUGCCAAACAAUUCAGGCAGCAUCAUUGCACAGAGCAAGGCAACUUUGCCAUUUGAGAUUCUCAUUUCUAUUGACAGGCCAUCGAUCUAAAAUAUUAAUGCUAUUUUUUGUCUUUCCACAGCUACUGCCUCACCUGAUGAGUGUUCCCUUUUUUUUAAGCUGACUUAACAUUCACAUAAGAACUAAAUAUUUUUGAUUGAUUAAUUGUAAUAAGUAUAUUUCAUAUUUUUUAUGUAACAUCUUUAAAAUCAGACUUUAGCUUUCCUUUCAGGGCCUAAAAACUGUUACUACCGUUCUGAAAUAGAUCACUUAUUCCGACAGUACAUUUUGUUUCAAAGUAUCUAUAUCCACCUGAUCAAAUUAAUUAUUGAAUCUCAAUCUGAUGUGCAAAUGGAACAACCUCUGUGUGCUCCCAAAGGUUCCACGAGCAGCAGGACCACAGCAAGUUUGAUGAGCCAAAUGGCCUGCUAUCAAGUGUGUAUGAUCUUGUGAAUGUCUAGUUUGACUUUUUUUGUUUUGAAUAAAUUAGAUUGAGUUUACAGCA